GUCUAUGGUUUUGUUUAUUGGAUUGCAACAUUUUUGGGAUAUAUUUUAUAUUUAUUAUGGGCAUUUAUACCAGAGAGCGUAUUAUCAAAUUUAGGUGUUCAUUAUUAUCCAAGCAAAUAUUGGGCAGUAGCUAUUCCAGUUUAUUUAAUAGUGUGCAUAAUGUUUGGUUUGGUUGUAUAUUUUUGUAUCAAUUUAAUUAUUACCGAACCAUUGGAGUCGUUCAAUACAUUUAAAGAUCAAUACUCUCAAGAGGCAGAUCAUUCAUUUGGUUAUUUACCAGAAUCCAUCCCACCAUUAGAAGAUAUACCAAUUGGUGUUGUAAAUGAAAUUCUAUAU